AAUGUGCAGUGUUUCAUCAUGGGACCAAACUAAUUAACUACCUCACCAAACAAAUGCGCUCAAACAACCACCGCCACAAGCCAGCAAUCCCAUGGCCUUAUCCACACUCUCUCCGCCACCACUGCCGUCUCUAACCGCUCAAUCCUCUCCCGCCGGCACCUCCUCCUCCUCCUCACUUCCCAGGCUCCUUCACUCCAUCGCCGCCGUCUCAUUCCCGGCCAACCAUCAUAACCACUAUCUCUCAACCACCAUCGCCGCCACUCCGCCGCCUGCUGCACAGCAUAAGUGGAGAACCCAGGUUUCCUUCUUCACGUCUUUCUUGGGGAACAACAAGACUAAGAGUGCUGAGGCCAUUAAGGAAGAGCUUCUUGAAGCCAUCGCAACCCUUGAUCGUGGUGCUGAAGCCACCCCGGAAGACCAGCAAAAAAUUGAUCAGAUAGCUCGCAAACUAGAAGCACUUAGUCCAACAAAAGAGCCGCUGAAGUCUGAUUUGCUAAACGGGAAAUGGGAGCUCAUAUACACGACUUCACAAUCGAUUUUGCAGACACAGAGACCCAAGUUCUUAAGAUCUAGAAGAAACUUUCAAGCUAUCAAUGUUGAUACGCUGCGGGCUCAAAAUAUGGAAUCAUGGCCGUUCUUCAAUCAGGUUACAGCAAAUUUAACACCUCUUAAUCCAAAGAAGGUCGCUGUGCAAUUUGAUGUCUUCAAGAUUGGUGGAUUUAUACCUAUUAAAGCUCCUGGACGAGCUCGUGGGGAGCUUGAAAUUACUUACUUGGAUGAAGAGCUAAGGGUAUCAAGAGGUGACAAGGGCAAUCUCUUCAUCUUGACCAUGGUUGAUCCAUCCUAUCGAGUUCCCACUUGAUGCAUCAAAGACCACUUGAAUUUCAUUACCAAAUUUUAUAUUAUGGAUCUACAGAUUCCCUCUUUCUUUCCACUUGAUUGUAGUGUAUUCAUAACAUGGCUAGUCGGCAGAUCAUCCAGAACAAAGAACUUAGACUUGAAUUGUUGGGGUGCGCCAUGCCUGUGCAGCAGUGCAACGCAUGGGCGACGCGCGAAGGUCCAGGCAGCAAGCUGCCUGUAUGGGCCUUCCCCCUAGAAAAAUAAAUUUAAUAUCAUGUGAGCCGAUGGCCCACGUAUCAGAUAUUAAACUGAUAAGAACAGAUACUACACUUGAUCUUAGCCAAAAGGCCGAGAAAGGUAUGAGUUUUUCGUUGCUGGGCCGGCGUUUUUAUA